UAUCAGUAAAUGAAAACUUAUCUGUUAACUCUGCUAACCCUUCUUCUGAUCUAGUAACUAACUUCUCUAAAACAUAUAAUCAGCUAUUGUCUAAGCUUUUACCGACAAUGCAAAAAAUGUGUCAGUCUCAUAUAGUUCAGAAAAAAGAAUCAAAAUCAGAUGAGUGGUUUUCAUCUCUACAAUAUCUGAAUGCUAGUAUAAAUGAUUUGUCUAUUUCUGAAUCUUUUUUAGAUAAUGAAAGUGAGUUUGAAGUCCUGAAUGAUGCAACAAUUAACGCCCUCGGAUGGAAAGCUGACAAGCCAUCUGACUUCAAUAUAAAAGGUAACUCUAAAUAUAUUACCGAAUCAUUGGGAUGGUUUACAGAUGUGCCAGUCAGUAUAAAGGAUAAGGAUGGUAAAACCGUCACAGCUACUGAAAAUUUUGCUCGUAUUGAUAAUGGUGAAUCUGAGCCAAUGCUAUGCAUAG